AAUCAGCGUGAGCCAAGGGAAGUGAGGGAGUCUUCGCAAGCCGCUACCGCUUUGAGGCAUGUUUAUGGGGGCUAUUCAUUUAGACUUUAGCAUCGGACCGUUCGCGCCUCGCUUUACCAUAACUCCGAGCGCACAUUUGCUCCUCAGUUUGCGCGUGAACUCGUGGCGCACUGGCACAUACACAUUCCUCAUUCAACUUUGCAGCAAAACAAAAGACUCCGCAACUCACUCAAGUAGCGGCAGCCGGUGCAAGAAAAGUGAAGCCACCCUGCAAACUCCGACCUGCGCAUCCUUUGCUCCUCAGCACCUGCCACCAUGACCCGCAGAUCGUGCGCAAUUUACGCAGUGGGGGUUAUUUGCUCCACCUUGCUCAUUGUCGGAAUUGGUUUAGUUGUGGCUCAAGUCUUUCGCACUGUGAUGCACAACCGUCUCAAAAAGGAGAUUGUUUUGGUGGAAGGCAGCCGUGUGUUUGAAUCAUGGAAAAGACCCCCUCCCCCGGUGUACAUGGAGUUCUUCUUUUUCAACAUAACAAAUGUGGAGGCAGUUCUGACUGGGGCCAAACCUCAGGUCACGCAAGUAGGACCUUACACUUACAGAGAAUACAGGUAUAAGGACAACGUUAGUAUGGUGGAAAAUGGUACAAAGGUGUCAGCAUACAACACAAAAAGCUUUGUGUUCCUGAGAGACAAGUCUGUUGGAGAUCCGACCGAAGACAACAUCACCACAGUGAACAUCCCGGCCUGGGCUGUAAUGAACAAAUUAAAAGGGAAUUUUUGGAAGGCAUCAAUGGUUUCCGUGUGGAUGAAUUCCAUUGGAGCUGGUUUCUUCACUACACGUUCUGUCAAUGAGCUGCUCUGGGGCUAUGAGGACCCACUACUGGCACGUCUCUCUGUGAUCAGCCCUGAUGUUGAUAAAAUAUUUGGAUUAAUGGUUAAUAAAAAUGGGACCAAUGAUGGGGAGUUUGUGUUCCACACUGGUGAAGAGAACUACCUGGAUUAUGGACGGGUGGUGACCUGGAAAGGCCAGAGUGCGCUGACAUUCUGGACCACAAACCAAAGCAACAUCAUCAACGGAUCAGAUGGAAGCGCCUUUCAUCCACUGAUAGACAAAAAUGAGCGUAUCUAUAUCUUCACUCCAGACUUAUGCAGGACAAUCUACAUGGAGUUUGAAAAGGAUGUGGAGGUCAGAGGCAUCCCAGCUUAUCGCUUUACACCGCCACGUUCUGUCUUAGCCAGCAAAGAGGAGAACCCAGACAACGAGGGCUUCUGUGUCAGUCCACAGGAGUGUCUGGGAACAGGCCUUCUUAAAGUCAGCCCCUGUCGUAAAGGUGCUCCCGUCGUGGCGUCUUUUCCUCAUUUCUACUUAGCUGAUGAAAAAUACGUGGCAGCCGUCGAAGGAUUGUCUCCUGAAAGAGUCCACCACCAAACGUUUCUUGACCUUAACCCGACAACCGGUGUGAUUGUGCGUGCAAACAAGAGAGCGCAGGUCAACAUCUUAAUUGGCAGGGUUGGCGGAUUUCCAAAAACAAGGGUGUUUACAAAUGAAACAAUCAUGCCUGUGAUGUUUCUUAAUGAGAGUGUGGAGAUCGAUGAGGCUUCUGCAGGAAGAGUGCACAAGUUACUUUUGAUUGUCACCGUUGUGUCAAAUUUCCCCCUGAUUAUUGUGGCUCUCGGGGCUAUAAUGCUGGCUGUUUUCAUCAUCCUCCUUUACCGCGCUCAUAGAGAGAAGAAUGGAGCUAAUGUUUUGUUUACCAAGGCCAUUUAUGCUACUCAUUCUGAAGAUGAAACGUCAUACAGUCCUGUUAGUGGAAAAGAAAAGGAAGACCCUCAGAACGGCACAUAUAUUGGUAUGACUGAAAAAGUUGAUGGACAAGCUUAAUUUCAUUUGUAUCUUUCAGAUCUUUAAGGGGUUUUUAUGUGGUUUCCAUUUUUAAAACACACAUAAUUUAAUACAGUGUAAUAUGUCGGGGACACAUUGUGUAGGUUCCUUAUGACCUAGAUCCCACUUUUCACCCACACUUGGUAAAGUUGGUCAAGUGCUGUUGUGUUUUACUCUUUGGUUCUUAGAUCUAGUGUUUGCUAAAAAAUGGACCACUAUGAGACAUAAUGUGAGUCGCCUAACUGUGAAUUUUUAAAUUUGUCUUUUGUAUAUUACAAUUCAUCCCAAACCAAAUACAGUAUUAUUUAGUUUCAAGAGCUACUGUUACUACUGUUUUGUUAGCGCUGUAUGAAGGUAGUUAUCGUUAAUACCUGAGAAGCUGUCAGGUGGCACAUGUGUAAAUAUACAAUUUAAAAUAAAAUACAAAGUACAGAACUGCUGACAUUCCUGUCAACAUAAUCUGUUGGGAAUGACUAUUACACAUUGUAUUUCAGUUACUUACAUUUUGUAAAAAACAAAUUUUGUUUGUAAAUAUAAUGGUUUUAGUUUUAAAUCUAGGUCUUUGUUUUCUAGAGUUGUAUUUCAGUUCAAAUGUGGUGCCCACACAUCAGGUUUAGAACAUUUCAUUGUUGUAUUUAUCAUUUUAAAUACUGUUUUGCUUGAAUCCUGUAGAUUUCAUUGGAAAAGACUAAGAACGUAAUACAAUACUGGUAGAAUUGCUGUGUUUUUAUUUGAAGGUAUUAAAUCUUAAGUGUAACUUUAUUAAAGGUCAACAUGGACCCAGCCCUCGGCUGCUGCACUACUGUAACAACUUAUUGUUACUGUCUUUGCUUUUUGUAGUUUUUAAUUUUAUUUCACACAGACUGCAUGUCACAUUUUGCCAACUCAACGUAUUCAAUAAAUACUGAAAGUAUU